AUGGUUCUCCGCAAAUUCGAGCUCGAGGGCAAGCUUGGAGAGGAAGCUCGCCUUAUCGAGAGUGGCGUUCUCAUCGAUGAAAAUCCUCUUGAUGAUACUCCCGAGUUUCAUGAGUUUCUCAUGGCCUGUCGACGUGGCGAUUUGAGAAGAUGCCAGGAACUUAUUAGUGAUGGUGUGAACAUCAAUGGCAAGGAUCGAUUCGAUUAUACGCCUCUCAUCAUUGCCAGUUUAUGUGGGCAUUAUGAACUUGUCCAAUUGCUGUUAGAAUCUGGUGCACUCGCUGAAAGAAACACCUUCCAAGGAGAACGAUGCAUCUAUAACGCCCUCAAUGACCGUAUUCGUAACCUCCUUCUCCAAUAUGACUUCUCAAAGUCUUCAGAUCCUUACGUUUACUGGUCCACUCACAUCUCAACUCUCCUCGGCCGCACAAAUCCCAAGACGACAGAUAUCACAUUGUCCUCCGGAUCUCGCUCUUUCGACCUGCACAAGUUCAUCCUUGUUGCGCGAUCCCCUUAUUUCCGCUCCAAGCUCGCUGCUGUUCCGGACACAACUACCUGGAAGCUUGCACAUACCGUUCCUGUGCAGUCAUUCCUUGUCGUGCUAAGAUAUCUUUACUUGGGCGAAGUCCCUCGCGAUAUCGCACCUGCGGGUAGUGCAGACUCUGAAGAAGACAUUCUCAAGGGGUUAGACAAAGUCAGCAAACAGCUCGAAGUCGAGUCUUUGUGGGAAGCUAUUCUUGCAGGUGGAGACAGGAGACUUGCUCGCCAGCGAUAUCAAGCCGAAGUUGAGCGAGCAAGAGGACAAUUCGAGAACUUCUUCAAGGACAAUGUUCUGGGACAUAAAAUGGUCGUCGAUACAGACCAGGUCAAGGACGUCAAGUGGAAGUACGACAACUCUAUGUUCGCCGACGUCAUCCUCCGCGCCGAUGAACCCAUUGACAUCGAGGACGAGAAGUCAGGUCAAGCAACACCCACGAAAGAUGCUCCCACCAUACCCAUUGGUCCAGCAGGGGACCAAGAUUCUGUUGUCAAGCGCAAGUCUGUUCUGUACCCUGCUCACAAAGCCAUGCUCAUCCGCAGCGAAUACUUUGAGAAGAUGUUCUCAGGCGAUUUUGUCGAGUCACAGCGCGAGGACCAUCUCCGAAUAAUCACUGUUGACUGUACACCUGCAGUUCUCGAGAUCAUUCUUACUUUCCUUUACACUGAAAAUGCCGUUUGUCCCCUCGAGCAUGCCCUUGAUCUACUUUACGCCUCGGAUAUGCUCUUCCUCGAUGGUCUUAAGAGCAAGGCCGCUCUAGCCAUCAGCACCCUCGGCAGUGGAACCUCCAACGUGUUAGUGGACCGCACCCACGGCGAGGCACAAAUGAAUGGCGACGCUGGGGAGGAGGCAGAGCAGGUUGAAAUGGAGCCCAUCAACAUCUACGACGUUAUUCACGCAGCAUGGGAUCUUCGUGUCCAGCGUCUAGAAGAGUUUGCAGCGCGGUAUCUGGCAUACCGCCUGGAGGACUACAUAGACGAGGAAGACUUCCAGGCACUUAUCGCCGAGUCGGCUCAACGUAUCACUGUGCGAGAAGAGACGGAUACUAUCGAGCUGCUGGACGAUAUUCGAUACUAUUUGGGCGAUAGAUUCAGACUGCGCUUCGAAGAUGCUGGUCUCGAGGAAAUGAUGGACGAGUCGGGAGAAAUCAUUGAUACAGAUUUGGCCGCUGCCAUGGCCCAGCAGGCGGAUCUAUCAGUAGAUGCGAAGAACGAUGUUCCUGAACAGAGCCAGAAUGGCAUACAGGCGAAUGGAAACGGAGAACCCCAAGAUGGAGAGGCGGUGCGGACGUUGGAUGGAGCCGAAGCAGAGGACGAGUUUGCUUCAGACGCCAUCAACUACCAGAUCCUGCAGCGCAAGAUCGAUGCCAUGCUCGACCGACUCAAACUUGACGCAUAA